UGGUCGUUGCGUGUCCGCUGUUCUGCUCGGCCUAGCGUAGACCCCGCACCAACGUGUGUACCUACUACGGUGUUGCAGCCUAUGGAGCUCCUUCCCUGCGGCGCUCUGCGUGGUGGCAGCAGAGGAGCAUCGAGCCACGCGGCGGCGAGAUAUGUUGGCAUCUUCAGCGGUGCUUAGAGAGUAGCAACGGCACCGUACAAGUCAUUUGCUAGAUGCGUUUCGCGUGUGCUGAUGUCGUUCGAUUCUCAACAAUGGGUCGGCCAAUGACCACGUCUGAGAUCGACUAGUCUUCUCUUCGUUGGCCUUAUCGUGGUGUGUUUCGGGACGCGUCCGUCAGGCGUUCAUUUUUGACGACUGGAGCGGGCCGAUGAUGCAGCCGGAGCCUCUGUCGGUACUCGCGAGCGCCACCUGUGUCCUGAGCACAGUGCCACCAGCCCUGCAGUCGGGUGCAGACCCCGUCCUCGUGGCGCAUGAGGCGGAGCUGCAGUGGGCCCGUAGCAAGGGUAACCUUCGAUGGGUGGGCUACCUCUCUUCCACGGGGGUGUACGGGGAUCGGGGUGGGGGUUGGGUGACCGAGGAGGACGAGCCAUGGCCUGCAGCGCCGAGGACGAAGGCGAGGCUGAAGGCGGAGAGGUCCUGGCUUCGGCUUCAUGAGCGCGACGGUCUCCCCGUGCAUGUCUUCCGCCUGGCCGGGAUCUACGGUCCCGGCAGAAGCGCUCUGGACGCCGUCGCGAGGCAUAACGGGGACAUUCGACUGGCCGGCUCUGACGACGGGACGAUGGUUUCUCGGACGCACGUGUCCGACAUUGUUGGGGUGGUGGAGGCCUCGAUCGAGCUGCCCGCACCUGGCAUGGUGCUCAACGUCGCGGACGAUCUCCCGUCUACGAGAUACGAGGCGAGGAGGGGUGGGGGCAACAAGCGGGUGGACAACGAAAGAAUGCGUGCGUUGCUGGCGGCGAGUGGCCGGUCGCUGACCUUCCCAGACUACCGAUCAGGGCUAAAGGCCGUGCACGAAGGGGACGGUCGCCCCUUCACAGCAGAGGAGCCGACUGUCGAGCCCGCCUCUGGACAACACGGCGGUCGUUCCGUAGCGCCCUCCUUCGACGCUGCUAACGCUAACGCUACCACUGCUGCUGCUGCGGGUGGCCGACAGGAGGAGGGAGACGUGUCGGCACAGCUGGGAGCGUUGAACGCGCAAGUAGCGCGCCUGGAGGCGAAGCUGGGCCGAAUGUUGACCAUUCUCGAAGAACGAGAUACUAGUAGCAGUGGUGGUGGUGUUGUUGCCGCCGUUGGAGCGGCGGCAAACGAAGACGGCAAGCCGGCCUCCGAUGGUGGUUGUGUCGGGGGCCAGUCAGAGGAGGGCGUUGUUGGCGAAGCUAGUAUCAGUAGAGGCGAAACGGUAUUGUGGGAGGAGGGCGAGGCGUUGCCGGACGGGAUCAAACACCUUGCGGGAGACGCCGACUCGUGA